CGGUUCACGCGUGCUACUAGUGAUGACACAUCUUGAUCAAGGGACACUAGUAAUAACAUAAUAGACCUCACCUCACCUCAUCACCACGUUUCUUUCAUCGCAUCGCCUCGGCGCGAUCAGAAACCAACAACAGCAACAAGAAGAGGCAUAAGACCUACCCUGCCAAGAAUGAACGUCUAUCCACUUCCACCAUACCAGCGCGUCAAUCUUUCGUUCCCUUUCCAACAUCACAAGAAACAAAAGACUCCCAAGAUGCCGUCCUCUCGAUCAUGUUCCUGGCGACUAAAAAAGAAGGUCGACGUUGAUGCCGAAACAAGACGAAACACCCAUCUCAACAGCCUGCCUACAACGAACUAUAGCGAAAAGCACUCCGGCAGCGAGCGAUCCCUACGCUCUACAAGCACAAUGUCCAGCUUACGAACAAGCAAUUCUGUUCAAAGUGGCACUGCAUCAGCGAACAAUUCACUCAAGUUGUCUGAGACAGCAACUUCAUCUACAUCGCGAAAGAGUGGAUGGCUGAGGAGAGUGUUCUCAUCUUCGUCUUCUGGUUCGGGUACUUCUUCUCCUGGUGAUGAAGACGAAGGCAAACGAGCAUACUUUACCAAGAAGGAGAAGAAAGAUCGUCCAAGGAAGCCAAUUGAGGAUGAAGAUGAUUACGACUAUGAGCGGGAAAUACAUAACGAGCAACGUGCGGCAUGGAGGCAGUUGUCGAUGGGGUACGCGAGUGUUGGUGUACCUUUCAUUUUCUGAGUCGGGUCUGCUUUUCUCAUUGUCAGAGAGGAAUGGAGUAGGGGGAAAUCUGGUUUCUUUGGUGCUGAUAGAUGGCGUUCAAGCGGCGAGAAAGGGAAUACCCAGAAUGAUACAGG